UGCCAUUGUUCUUGUUCUGGACGUCUGCGAACGGGACGGGUGGCGCUGGUCGGGUACCGGACGGCAGUCUGUCGUUAUGACGGGCUCCGGUCCGAAGCUCGGGGUCCUGCUGCUGGUGGCGGUUCUGCUGCAGACUGUGGUCGUCACCAUCACCGUGCUGCACUUCACAACGGCUCUCAACUCGAUAAAGGAGACUUUUGCCAGGAGCAGUGUCUCCUGUCUGACGGGCACUGACCUGCAGAGCAUCACGGAUGUGCGAGGGGAUCUAUGCUGGCAGGUCACUCAGCAGGUUCACCUCCUCAUCGAGAAGUCAUUGUCUCAGCAGAGGCAGAGACAGAGGCUGAGGCAGAAUUCGUCGGAAGUGAAAGAUGAAGUCUCCCAGGUGCUGCUCUCUCUCUCUCGCCCCAAAGUUGCCGCUCACGUCACGGGCAGCUUUGUCCCCAAACUGGAGCGAGCAGGAGGAGCUCCAGUCUUUGCUGGGCGGCGCGUUUAUGGCCAGAAGAUCUCAUGGUGGGAGGGCCGUAAGGGGCUGGCCUUCCUCCAGGACGUCCAGCUGGUGGAUGGGGAGCUGGUGGUGUCGCAGCCGGGCCUCUACUACGUCUACGCCCAGACUUACUUCAGACACAGCCACCUGGGGGAGGAUGGCGAGGACAGCGAGGAGGUGGAGGAUAGGGGGAAACCUCUGCUGCAGUACAUCUAUAAGAAGAUGAGCUCAUACCCGGCUCCCAUCCUGCUGAUGAAAACAAGCCGCACUUCCUGCUGGUCCCGAGGUUCCCAGUACUCUCUUCACUCCGCCCACCAGGGGGGGCUGUUCCCGCUCACUACCGGCGACCGCCUGUUCGUCACGGUGACAAAUGCAUCUGCUGUGGACAUGGACGAAGAGACCAGCUUCUUCGGUGCAUUUCUGAUCAGCUAGAGUAGCAGGUCCUGGACUCGGCAUCUCGGGUUUUACCUGAUGAAAUAGCUUAAUGAUGCUACCGUGCUGUAAUGAUGAGCGUGGUAGCAUCUAGACUUCUCCUAGAGUUCAAAACUAUAAAAGUCAAGGAGAAGUCAAACAACUUUUACGACACUGGUUCUCUGGGGGGAGAAGACACUGAUGUGGCUGUGCAUGAGUGCUUAUCAAACCAAACAGACUUUUGUAUUCGAGUGUCUUAAAGUAAGUGUGGACUGGACUUUCCAGGGGUGUAGUUUUUUUUUACAAACAUCUCUUUAAGGCGGAAGCACAGUUUUUAAGGAUAUGUAGACCCAAAAGCAAUUUUAAUAUCCAACUAGGCAUCUAAUGCCUAAUUCAUAGCUCUGGGUCCAAUAUCCAACCUAGAUCUUCAGCAAAAUAUAGACUACUUGUUGCACAAACUGUUUAAUUUCUUGUUGUGUCAUCUACAAUCUGUGUGGAGAGCAAAAGGAGGAUUCAAUUUGCUAAAAUGCAAUCUAAACGAAUCCACGGGCUACACCGGAAUACCCCCCAAAUUACGCGUCUCCAGAGGCUUAAACAACAGACUAGCUGAAAUCUUGGAUAGGUAGGUCUCAAUGUCACACUGAGAUGCAAACCUGCAGAUCAACUCUUACAGCCUACUACUCACCCUGAGGCAAAUGUAAUGUAGGGCAUGCAUUUUAAACUGCUUCAGCCUAGCUACAGUUGCUCCACACCUGCAAGCCACUUUGUAGCCCACCUUCACCUACCGCCUCUUUUUCUUUUUUUCUCUGCAAGGUCUUGCUGCUGCUGCAGAGGUCCCAGAGCAGAGUCAUGUAGCCAAAAGUAAAUUAGUGCAGAUGGAAGUAAUGUUUUGCCAUAGUGGCCUUGCCUGGGUUAGAUUUAACUGAUAGGAAAUUUGGCUGUGAAGUGGCUGUGCAACACAAAUAUCCACAGGAAGGUUUGCCAAAGACCGAGAGUUUGUCAAACUUUUAUUCUUUGUUCUUAUUCUUGUUUAACCCCUGAAGCAGUCUGUGUUGCCUGAACAGGCUUCCAGUCCAUCAGGGGGCUAGCACAAAGAAUCAGAGCUUUAACGCUUAUAUCCAAGCCUAUGACUAAUUUAGAAACACUAAGAAACUUAUACGUUUUUGGACUGAGGGAGCAAACUGGACCACCUGGAGAAAAGCCCAUGGAGGCACAGGAAGAACACAAAAGCUCCACAUAAAAGGCCCACCUGGCCACAAAGUUUAAACCAAGGAACCAUCUUGCUUUGAGGGGACAGUGCUCCCCACCAGGCUUGGAUACACCAAUCACAAAUAAACAAAAUCAAUACCAGCUGCAGUUUUUUUUCAGUUCUGCCAUUAAGAAAUGUUUGUAUAAAAGUCAUUUGAGUCCACACAGAAAUUUUAGGUGUAUUCCUGUUUAGAGAUGUAAAUGCUGUGCUCUAUUUUUUUAUUUUUAUAAUAAUCAUUUAAGUAUUGAGUUCGUGAACUCUUUGUUCUUGAUAUUCCCCCAGUCAGAGUACAAACAUGUGGGUAAAAGUAUAAACCCGUAUAAAUUUACUGCCUUUCAGAUACACUUAAUAUACCGACCCAUCAUGUUGACAACCAUAUUGGGACUAUGAAAUAGGGCUGCUUACAGACUGCUUACAGUCUCGCUUUUUUCUGUCAGACUUCAGCAUUUUGGCUCGUCCACUCAAACCUUUCUCCAAGAGGUGCAUUAAAUGCUCCCUUGCAGUUGGUAUUCAUGCUAUGUUGGAUUAACUGCAGAUGUGACUUUUAGACUCGGGAAAAUGGUCUGCAUCUAAACAGCAGAAAUAUGUUGUUUUCAUGUUUAUGUAGCUCUGCUGCUUUCCACAUUGUUGUAGUGAACAACACAGCAGAUGCCUUCCAAGGUAAUUCAAAUUAAAAAGCUGUUUUCACACAUGCUCUGCAGCCUCAAACCUUAGUAGACAGGACCAGACAGAGGUGCAUGAUGGAAACAAAUGUUUGAGGCAAUCAAAUAGGACCGUAGCCUGAUUUAAACUCCCAGAUCUCUCGUAUUAGGUCCAAGUGAUUUGUGAGAGCAGAGCAGCUAUUGUUUGGUACAGCAUUAAUGACUGGGCGUCAGAAAAGAAGAAAUUCAACUGUUGAAAAUAAUAAAGCGUGAGAACAGAAUAUGUAACAAAUAAGGUGACCAGGUUUUUCCUGUCUGCUAGCUGUCAGUAAAAACUGGCGGCCAAGUGAUUUCAAAAUUUAUGCGAUGGGAAUCAAACCAGUGCACUUCCCAACAAGGUCCAGGUCACGUCUACUGUCCUGCCAAGGAAAUGUUUGCUUUCAUGUGCAACUAGAGCAUCAAACAAACCACACAAACAGCUUUUUUCCUCCAGUUUUUGCUUGUUUAAAGCAGCUGGCCUCAAAUUUCAUUCUGAGUGGAAUAAAAUAUAAAAUCUUAAUUCUAACUUAAGGUGCAGAAAACCUGGAGAAGUUGCUAUAAUUAACAUCAUCAUCAUCUGCUAAUGGCGUGAAUGUAAACCCCCUCCAAAUAUUUACCAUUACCACAAAAAUGAUCAGCUCGAUGCUGCUGAACACGAGACUACACCUGGUAAUGUAACUUUAAGCAACGAAUACUUUUAAUCUGGUUAUGAAUUCAAUCUCAAGUAUCCCCAUUAAAGGUAUUUUGUUGUUUUCACUGAUGGAUGCAGCGAGAUUUAGUUGAGUUUAACGUGACAUAAAAAGACAUGAAUGCAACAUUCACUGUAUUACUUAUGUAAAUAAAUACAAAGCACAAUCAUUUCUCGUACGUUGUGUUUAAGAACGCGUGUUUGAACUUUUGUAAAGGUGGCUGUUUAAGUCUUGUUAAGUCAUGUUACGCUCUGGACCAGCUUUGGUGUAAAAAUGUGGUUUCACAUUUGUGUUUUGGGGUUAAUUAUUUAUGAAGUGGAUCUACUACAAAACAGUCCAUGCUAUUUUUCCCUUUCACUCCCAAUCAGACUGGGAAGUUGAUGUGAAUUUAGCCAGUACCUUAAAUUCAGCCCUCUUUGUCCACUUCAGUUUAUUUGCCGGACAUCAAAAACAGACACUCAUCAGGUUAUUAAGAAUUAAAUUCUUUGCCAGACAAUUAAAUGUGAAUGUAAAUAAUCCAAUUUUUGUGGGUGUAAAUAUGUGAAAUAAAGAUUCAAUAAAAAAGCU